AUGGGGGCUAUAGGAGCAAGCAUGUGUGAUUAUCCACUGCACCUAACAUCCACCUCUACUCCUCUAUUGCAACAAGAUUUGCAGACUCUAUCGCUGACUCAAAGAAGGCCAUCUCCAGAACCAGACCUUAUGGUGUCUCCUCGGGCGGCCCCAACCGCACUGGUUUUUCCCCUAAACGGACAAAGGAAUGUGGCUAGUGGUGUGGACAAGGCUGGAGGAGCAGUGCAUUCGACAGCCGCGAGCUCUGCUGCGCCCAGUCCAGUGGGUAUGCGAGUAGAACGAAUGGGACCAGUUGACAUGUGGACACUCGGAUUGAAUUCGGGGUCACGACACUCUGGCAGUGCUAUGGGUGAUAGAGGCUCCCCGGAAUAUCAGAAUAAACGAGGCCCGUCAUUCUCUGCGCCGAGUGUAAGCAACGACCGCAACGCAGCUGCCUCAGCCGCACCGCCAGCAACCAAACUGGCCAACGGACAGCACCCACGCCAGCAAGCUGUGUCGCAACAGUCCAGCCGCGAAAGCAUGUGCAACCCUAGCAGGCAGCCCACAUUCAGCAGGCAGAGCACCGCCAACCGCAGUCAGACGAGAGUUGGCGAGCAAACCAACACGCGGGACGCCAGGGGGGAUAGGCUGGUAGACGGCGGCCAAGACUCUGUGGUUGGGGGGAGCUCUAUUGCGGAGAAUAGGAGCGCCCGCAGUGGGGGUAGUAACGAGGAUAUGGCCCCACACGGGAACCACGAACGACAGCGUGAGCGCCCAGGCACGCGGGAAGGUGGCUCAGACCUGCGCGAACGCGGCCAACGAGGCAGCGCAAACGGCACGCGCGAUGGGGAGAGUGUGGACGGGCGUGGGCGUAUGGCGCACCACGACGGCUCAGUGGGGAAUCAGAGUGGCAAUCUGUUCAAUCUGUUCGGUAAGGCUGCAGGACAGGUGCAGGUGAAGGUGAGGUCUUCACCACCACCCGCGCAGAGUCUGCCGAUUUCACAACCAGCGCAAGUGCAGUGGGGUGGUGAAAAGAUGGGAAACCGUGUGAUCCCACAACCACCUCCAGCUGCGUACAAUAUUAACGACCCCCGACUGAGACAGCGCACCAGACAUCCGGGGGACGCACAAUACAAUGAAUCGCAUCAAAGUACAAUUAACGGCAAUGGGACCAUCAACGAUGACAAGACCAUCAACGACGACGAGUCUACGUUGCCUACUAGCAUACCACAGUAUCCGCAGGGUCAGAACCGGCGACAAGACAUGAGCAACGAGGACAACGACCCGCGAGUCAACAGUGCGUACGUACUCAAAUCCCAGGACAGGCAUGUGGAUGUCGUGCAUGGUAGGGAUAGGCCCAACGAGCGAGACCCCCCCAGCAUGGGCACAAGAGGUCGCGAGGCCAUGCGGCGCCGAGUGAGCCACGGGAGCCAAAGCCACUUACAACCAAAUAAUAAUGGCCUGGAUGUGGAGCCCGGUCAGAACCUGAACCCGAACCAAAACCUGAACCAAAACCUGAACCAAAAACCAAAAACCAAAAACCAAAAACCAAAAACCAAAAACCAAAAACCAAAAACCAAAAACCAAAAUCAAAAUCAAAACCAAAAUCAAAACCAAAACCAAAACCAAAAAUCAAAAUCCGAACCAGAAACAAAACCCGGGCAUGCACAAGAACCUGAACCUCAACGCCCACAGCCGCCGGGAGAGUGUCGGUAG